CACGUCAUUACAUAAUAUUUAAGGUUAUUAUACCUGCUGACAAUGACAUAGACAGUAGCAAUAGGUGUAGCUAAUCUAAAACAAAAAAAAAGAAACAUCUUUUACCUUUUACUUUUUAUUAUGGUUAUUAUAUUUUUGAGCAACGUUUACUGUGCUGGUAUUCAGUAGGUACCACAUUAAAUAUAUCUGUGUGGGUAUCUUUAUGUGUAAAAGAUACCCACACAGUCAUCAUGGCUUAUAACUUAGCUCCUCGAUUUUCACAACCUCAAAAAUAUUUUACACUUCUUGAUCCUGGAGCAUACCAAAAUGAGAAAGUUGGACUAAAACAGAAUGUCGCUCCGUUUCUAUCGAGGACACCUCGCAACACGCAUACAGGAAGUAAAUUAUGGACCCAGGCUGAUUAUGACCAGACUUUACCAAGAAAUAUUCCAAAUUGUUCAGCAAUGCUUUCAAAGCAACCAAGAUUUCCAUAUGAAGCUUUCAGUGCAGAAGACUUGGCGGAAAUAUUAUGUAAAUGCGGGAUUUUAAGUCCUUGCGAAUGCCCUACUGGACAAGGACAAGAAAAACAAGAGGAAAUUAUUUGUCAAGGGAAAGUUAAGAGACGUUUAUUUAAAGGCCCCACUCCUCGUUCCGUUUUGGGUGACGAAGGUUUGUCGACUCCUUCAAGAAGAGAUCAUGGUUUUAAAAUUACAUCCGAGGGCAAUCAAUUUCGACUGCGGGAUGAAUAUGGAGAUGAAAGUCCACCGUUUUAUGAUGCCAGAGUGAAAGAAUCUACAGCUUAUUACCAAGGUUGCAAAUGGAGUAAGAGAACUUCGAAACGAUGUCAAAAAAGUCUAGAAGUAAGGCCUGGUCCAGCUGAUUAUUCCUUCGAAAGAAAGCCUACUGCAGAUGAAAUAUGUGCAGAGAAAAUUCGCGCUUUUAAAAGAAAAACGACCGCCCAGUUACGUUUUAUGGAUUUGAUUGAAAAAAAAAAUCUAUUAGAUAAUCCACCGGGUCCUACAACAUACGAUCCUAAGUUACCCAAAGGAACAGAACUUCAGAAUACAUUGUCAAAAGAUGAACGGUUUCCAAAGCCAAAAACAGAGGUGAGUCCAGGUCCUGCAGAUCAUAAGCUGCGGAGAGAUUUCGACCCAAUAAAACAUGAUGCACUUUGCCAUGCGACUCUACCUGAACCUCCAUGUUUUGGGUCAAAAACAAAUAGAUUCAAAAUUCAACGUGAAGAAGGACCAAGUCCAGCUUCGUAUGAUGUCAGGUAUAGCGUAUGUAAUUAUCUCCAUUGCAGAACCGCACCCUUCGGUUCAUCUGCCAAGAGAUUCAUAGAUAACAUAGUUGAAGAAAGUGAAGAAAGUGAUAGCCUUGACCUUGCUGAUGAAGAAAUCGAUGAACAGGCGGCAAAACCAUGCAUCAAACCGACAUGGGAAUUUAAGUCGAAAACUAUACGAAUGAAACCAUUAGUCAAAAAACAUGAUGAACCGGGCCCGGCCGAUUUACCUCAAAUUAAAAGACAUGUAGUAAGAUCUCGCGAAACACAGUACAUUGCCCCGUUUUUCAGUUCUGAGGGACGUUUUCAGCCCUGGCAUAACUGGAUACCUGUGCAUGGAGCGCUCGUCGUCCCUGGCCCGGGCUACUACUGUUUAGACAAGCCAAGGUGCAAUAAUGCGGUUAAUCGGGGAUCACUAUCUCGUGCUCAACGUUUUCCAACGAGUUCUUACAAAACUCCAGCGCCAAAUAAAUAUAAAAGGAAAGAUGGUAUUGAAACAGUUUUAAAUACCCACAAUAAAAGAUUAAAAAAUAAUUUAAAAAAUCAAUAUAAACAUCAAUGGGAACCGCCAAAGCCAAAAAAAGUAUUGAGCCUAGAAGAACGUGAACAAACGCUAUUACAGAAAUCAAUCACCUUAUUAGAAUCUAAAACGGAAUUGGUUAAGAAAACGAUUGAAUUGCCAAAAGAGGAGGAAACCAAACCGAAAACGAAACAAAAAAUGUUACGUUCAUUUUUAUAUGCAUAUCCUUUACCUAAGUACCUGUGAUUUAAAGACAGUGGUACUGUUUUCGAUGAUAGAUCCAUCCAACUACAUUUAUUGCUCGUUUAUAUCUUGUUUUGUAGAUGUUUGUUUUUACUUGAAAUAAAAAUUGUAUACUUAAAUAAA